ACUCAUUUUAGACUAAUUAUAUCAAAGUAUUAGUUAAUUUAGGUAAACCCCUAUUCCUUUAUUAUGUAACGAUAUAUGUGAACACUUUGAUCAUAUGUGAAUUCAAUCAUUAAAACACUUGCGAUUCAGUACCUUUUUAUAUAACAAACAUUAAUGGACUAGCAAUGCAUUGACAUGAUGUGUGUAGAAAUGGCCGACUUUUGGUGUGCGUUUGUCCCGACGUUUGUGUCUAUCAUCUCAUGAUUACAUGUCUUUCACUAUAGAUUAAGAAGUCAUUCGUUUUUCGCAUUCAAUACACGAGACAUGAGUUACAGCGGAAGCUAUCUCUCGACGAUCGGUGAGCGCAACGACUGGUCCCGACUGUCGCAGACGGUGGCCACCAAUGUCCAGAAGAUAUCACAGAAUGUGAAUCAAAUGCAACGAAUGGUGAACCAAAUCGGCACAUCUCAAGACUCUGAUAAUCUUAGAUCCAAUUUACAUGAGGUCCAGCACUACACCAACCAAUUGGCGAAAGACACGAACAAUAACCUCAAAGAGUUGGCACAACUGCCACAACCAACUAAUGUCUCGGAACAGAAACAGAGACGAAUGCUGAGGGAGAGACUCACGAAUGACUUCUCGGAAGCGCUGAAGAACUUUCAAGUGAUUCAACGGACGGCCGCAUCCAAGGAGAAGGAGAGUGUGAUCAGAGUCCGGACUAACUCUGGACUCAAUUCUAGUAAUGUGUGGAACCACUACUCAUCCAGAAAACCAUCAAAUCUGAGUAAUUUGCAGAGGUUUGGGUCCAUGACUAACAACAGCUGUUCCGUACGCCUGGCCGGCACCACACCCUACAGCUUAUCGCUGCGCAACCAUUUGGCGCCAAUGCUGACGGUGAAGCCAAUGCCGCCCCGGCAUCAGGUGGUGGACGUCUCGGACGAGUUGAGCGCCGCCUCCAGACGUAUAUUAGAGAAGUUGGAGAAGGCGUCGACACCCGUACAGGACGCCCGACGACAGCCGUACAGCUCGCGGUCGGAGCUGAAGGACUACUUUCACUCCUCGCACUACCUGUUCAGGCAUAACAAGAGGCCUAAGUUGGGUCCGCCAACCGGCGCCUCACCCCUGGCCACCGCCUCGACCACCGAUUACAAGUUCCCGACCCAGAAAUGGGAGCUAAAACUCGUGCCGAACCCCGACUUAGUCGCCAAAUCAGCGUUGGAUGAGUCGUCGCGAGACGAUAGGGUCGGCGCCGGCGAGGGGACAGACAUUCAGCGGUUGAGCGAGAAUUUUGGCGGGAAAAUGGUGCGAAAGAUGACACGCGAGGAGCGGAGAGUACCGAAAGUGCCCGUCGAUGACGACAAUCGAUACGCCGAUACAUUGGAGCGCUUGUCGACCGUCGAGCCGCUGGUGAUGCCGUCGGGCGCCGCGAUGCCGACGUUCAGCUUCGGCGCCAGUCGUCAGCCUUCAGCCAAACCAUUGCCCACAACAACCGUCACUAAAGUAAACGCCGACACUGAAGAGGUGGCGCCCGACGAGUCGCCGCCCGCUUUUAAGUUCACGGCGCCGGUACUCAAGAGGAACAAUAAACGGAAGCCAAUUGUCGAUACCAUCAAAGCGAGUGAUAUAACGUUUAGUGACGAUAAAAAUAACAUGAAGGGGUCGUUCGUGUUCAGUAGCCCUCCCGCCCCGACGCCCACUGAUAAGUCAAUAGCCGAUAGCGUUACAAGCGAUGCCCGAACCGCCCCCACCCACUAA